AUGGCACUAUUGUCAACCUCUGUACAUGUCGAUGCGACUCUGGUCGAACUGAUCCUGGCGGUCGUUCUGUUCUCGCUCUCUGCUGGUGUAGCGCACCAAAGUGUGAUGAGCUAUCGAGCCAGCCAUGCCGCAUCACUCGACCACCAUGUGAUUCGAUCUUUUGUCUCCGCCACAAUGACCUCCGCGGUAUUUCUUUUCGAGUCGUCGUCAUUGCAGGCAGAGACCAAGCCGCGGAGUAUUCAAGGACCUCGUUGGCUUGCUUUCAUACCCAGUUGGAUUGCACUCCUCAGUUCCUGCGUGUCGAUGUUCCCUUUGUUCAGCCAAGCCAGCACCAUUCUUUUUGCCGGCGGAGACUCUUCUCGACCGAGUUCCAAGGCCAUGGUCGAAAACCUCUGGAAGUUCUUCUUCGGCGUCACUGGAGAUGUGUUGCAAAAGGUGCUCAUUGGUUCAUUAGUCCUUCGCUUCGGACUCCUCUGUCUCAUGGGCAUGCUCUCUGUCGUCAUCCUAUCAGAGAUCCUGGAUCCCACACUCCUGCACCUUCCCGCAAGUCUAUUGAAGGACCACAUGGCGUCGCCUUCCAAGAUGAAUGUGGAAUUCGCAGCAAUGGAUUCUUCGCCUGACACCAAGGAUAAUGGCGACAAGGACAGCGCGGAAAAGACAGGAAAGCAUGGAUUCAAGUCGAUUCUGCGCAAGGUCGUAUUCUCGCUCAGGAUGUCCUAUCCAAGCGGGAAGCGGUGGCUCGAGGUCCUUUACUUUGUCAAGUUCGGAAUUAUGAUCCUUGAGCGUGCUAUCGUCUUCUAUGCGCCAAUGCAGACGGAGCGAAUCAUCCGCUCGUUCAGCCAGACUGGUCAAGCUACCGACGGAUCUCCUGUUUUGUCGAAAUUUGAUAUGGCAAGCAUUGUUUCUUACGUCGUCUACGACUACCUGAAGCGGUACUCUAAUGUCCUCACUGCCAUCACCGCCGUUGUAACCUCGCCCGUCGACGACUAUGCCCGCAACUCGAUGGCUCUCCGGUUCUUCGAACACGUCCACGGCUUAUCAAUGGAAUAUCAUCUCAACGCAAAGUCUGGGGAAACCAUGCCGGUUCUCCGCAGCGGCGAGGAUUCAGUCAUCUACAUCACCGACACGCUUUUAUACCAAAUCCUCCCCUCAACACUUGAUGUGAUCUUGUCGCUUGCCUAUUUCUGGUUCGCCUGGGGGUGGAAGUAUGGUCUGGUGAUCGUCGUCAACGUUGCGAUCUACAUGGUCAUAAACAAGUAUGUCACCCGCCGCAGGAUCGAUACUUGGAACGACUUUUCGGUCAAUUCGUCCAAAGCCUCCUCGCGUGCUACUGACUCGCUGCAGAACUUUGAGACGGUCAAGCAUUUUACCAACGAGACGUUUGAGGUUGAUCGGUACCGUGUGGGACUGGCCGGGUACAGUAAGAAGAGUCUGCGAGCGACGAUUGAGGAUAGUCUGUUGAUGAUGCCGAGGGGUUUGAUCUGGAGCUGGAAUUUGUUUAUUGGAUGUGCGCUUUGUGCGACUGAGAUUGCGCAGGGGAAACGCGACGCGAGCAGCUUCAUGACUUUUAUUGAUACUUUUGGCUGGGUGUUCAGUUCGAUCGAACGCGAGUUCAAUUGCGUCGAGAAGCUUUUUAACAUUCUUGAGGCAGAGCCGACUGUCAAGGACAUUCCCAACGCCCCACCACUCGUCUCAAAGAACGGUGAUAUUGAGUUUGAAGACGUCGGUUUCCAGUACAGCCCUGACAAGAAGGGUAUCUCUAACAUCUCCUUCAAGGUACCUCAAGGCUCAACCGUCGGUAUUGUCGGACCCACAGGCAGCGGCAAGUCCACUCUCCUCAAACUCAUGUUUCGCCUUUGGGACCCAACCUCUGGUCGGAUCCUGAUCGAUGGUCAAGACAUCUCCAAGGUUACGCAGACCAGCGUCCGCCAACAGAUCGGUGUCGUCCCUCAAGACACUACCCUGCUGGACGAGUCUAUCCUGUAUAACAUCGGGUACGCCCGUCCCUCCGCGACAAGAGCUGAAAUUGAGGAUGCCGCCAAGGCUGCUCAUAUCCACGACAACAUCAUGACCUUCGAGAACGGUUACGACACCUCUGUCGGAGAACGCGGCGCCAAGCUGUCAGGCGGCGAACGUCAGAGAAUCGGGAUUGCGAGAGUGGUUCUGAAGCGACCGUCGAUAAUUCUUCUAGAUGAGGCGACUUCAGCCCUCGACAGUGCAACCGAGAGCGAUAUUCAAAAAGCCCUGAACGCUGUGACGGAAAAUCGGACGACGUUUGUGGUGGCCCAUCGCCUGAGCACCGUUAUGCACGCCGACUUGAUCUUGUGCAUCAAGGACGGGAGAAUUGUCGAGCGGGGUACCCAUGAGGAGCUGAUUCAGAGGGCAGUCGAGAAUGGUGGCAAGGGCGAGUACUACAAAAUGUGGAGGAUCCAGUCAGGCGAGAAUGUAAGCUCCAGCUCCUCUUCUGUUGGUGGCGACGAGCGCGACUCGGUCCUAGCGAUGACGCCCAAUGUCCUUUCCAAGGUCGAUCCAGAUGUGCCUACAACUCCCAAGAAGUCAGCGGAAGAAGCCAUAAAGGUUGAAGAAUAA